CUGAGGUAGAACAAGACGGGUCCUUCCCUGCAGCCCUUGCCAGCGUACAGGUGAAUGACCACACAGGAGGCAACGCGACCCUUGCGCUGGGAAUAGAUCAAGAAGAGCUGGAGGAGCUGCUCUGGUUCUUCCGCAGAGAAGAUCCAUCAACGUGGAAUUACUCCGUCCUCGCGCUUUCCUUCGUGGCCAUGAUUUUGGGGCUUUUCCUCCUGGCCAUUAAUAUUGUGCGAAACAGAAAAAAGAAGAUCCACGUGUACAGAGAAGCCGUGCGAAGCGCUGAGCAGGCUGAGCUGGAAGCCAAACAAGCCCUGAUGCCGCUGCAGGAAUCCAGCCCAGCUGAACCACAAAAGGAGGAGCCGGUGCCCCAGGAUCAGAGACCAGGAGACGUGGUGGUGCAGUGGAAGGACGGGACCGUCACAUCUCUGUACACAGAGAGAUCUGAGGAGCCCAUAUAA